AUGUUAUGUUCCAAUAGUGUGGGUUAUUGUUCCCUGGAGAGCAGUGAGAAUGGACUUUUGAAGAUCCUGGACGACCUUUUCAGUUCUACCAUCCCUCAGACCAUCAGGUACCUAGAGAAUGACUGCACCUACUCCUUGACCAAUGACAUGCACCGUUCCAGCGCCAUCUAUACUCAGUCAGUGCCAGGGUUACAGGAAGUGAUGUCACUGCUCAGGAUCCUCUCAGCGCUCUGUGAUCGCCACUUCUUGAGGGCUGAUUUUGAGAGCGCUGCAGAGGGUCAGCAAAAACCAGAUGAUGCCCCUCCCGCCUCCCCAGCCAAACUGACCCCAGACUAUAGAGCAGACAGCAAUAUGAGGUCCAGUAGGUUAACUGGUAGUUCACGUUAUGAGGAUCGCAUCCCUAACUACACCAAUGUGGUGAAGAGCAUGUAUGCCUUUGCUUUUAUUUGGGGAUUUGGAGGACAACUACAGGAAAGGCAUAUCAGUAAGUUCAACAAGUUCUGUCGUGAGACCCUGUACCGCGCCACUUACCCCAUCAGUCUUCCUCUCAGUGGUACUGUGUUUGACUACUGUGUGGAGGUGCACCACGGGAUGAUGAUCAAGUGGAGUGACAGACCCAUGGAGAAGAUGAGGAACUUACCUGCACAUUAUGUCAUCACUCCUGAGGUAGAGCGCUACCACUACCUGGUAGACUUGUUGCUGAGUUCCCACUACCCUGUUCUGUUGGUUGGCGUUCCAGGUGUGGGGAAAACUGCUCUCAUACAGAAUAUCAUCCAGCAAAAGCACCCAUUCUCUCGGCUGCCAAUUUCUCAAGGGGUCUUCCCGCAGCAGCUCCACAACUCCGUAGCCAACUACAUGCUGGAGAUCAAUAAACGCGAUGUCCUGAGCACGCACCCGAGUACUGCGCCUCUGCCCAAACCACACCAUCUAUUCUUCAUUGAUGACUUGAAUAUGGCCAAAAGUGACUGCGUCACAGGCACACAGCCAUCACUGGAGGUACUCAGAGAGGUCAUGACACAGCGCAGUCUGUAUGACCGUCACCGCCAUGUCAAACUGGACCUGGAGGGUACGGACUUUGUGGCAGCAUGCAGGAGUCCGGGAGUAGCGGGUUCAGGUGCCGGAGAAUCGUGUCACAUUCUGUCCUCAAGGCUGACACGUCUGUUCACUGUGAUGACAUUUUUCAUGCCGACUGCGGAGGGGAUGCAUGCUUUGUUUGGCAAGACCAUCCAGUCCUGGCUAGAGGAAUUUCCCACAUACUCUGUAGAACACCACCAUGAGUUUGCCUAUAAAAAGAAAACCCUCUUUGAAAUUACUGCCUACAAGCCUGGUUUAUUUGGCUACAGGAUGCCUAAUGAAAAUGAUG